AAAUUGUUGGUGCAUAUAAGAAUUUGUGUUAUUAAUUUUUUUUUUUAUUACCGUUCUUGAAAAUUUCUGAUAUACAGAAUAUUCAAUUGUAAAAAUACCCUUCAAAAAUCGAGAAAAGAGAAAAAAAAAAAAAUCCAUUAAAAAAGAGCAGGCUUAAGAGCAAUACAUGUAUGCUUGUAAGUUGUAACUAGAGUGAGUUGACUCUUUCACGAAACAUAGAAAUUUCAUUACUAGUAAGCAGAAUUUCUCCAUUAAUGUGAAAUUUGGGAUUAAUUUCAUUUGACUUUCAUUGGAAUUUGGAGGGCAAGAGGAGGGGAAGGGUGCACAGCAGAGCCGACCAGUAUACUGCAGUAAAGUCUGGAGUUGCAGCUUCGUUUAUCUCUCUUCUUUUCACACACAUUGUCUCUUUCUCUCUCGUUUUCAAUUCAUUCUUUUAUGAAUUGAUUUGAAGUAGAUAGAGUUGAAUCUAUCAAUUUUAUUUAUUUAAUCACAUUGCUAUUAUCUUACUUAGGUUUCUGGAUUGACUCAUUUGUUCGAUUUACUCAUCUUUUGUUGUGUCUUUUAAACUAUGUGUGGUUGUCCGGAUCGAACAAACACCACGGUUGAUUCUGAGCAAUCUCCUCCUCAACACAAUUCCAACACAACCAUGAAGGAACCCAACCAUGUUUUUGCUGAGUCAGAAAACUGUUUUUCCAACAUACUAGAGCUUGCUGCCAAUGAUGAUGUUCAAGGGUUCAAUAAGAUCUUAGAGCAUGAUGCUUCUGUGAUAUGUCAAGCUGAUUUAUGGUAUGGCCGGCAGAUGGGCUCUAGGCAAAUGGUUCUCGAGCAUCGAACACCCCUCAUGGUUGCUGCUACUUAUGGCAGCUUGGAUGUUUUGAAGCUAAUACUUGCUGAACCUGGGGUUGAUGUCAACUUUUCGGACAUCCCAGACAAGAGUACUGCCCUGCACUGUGCAGCUUCUGGUGGAUCAGUCGAUGCUGAUGAAGUUGUGAAGCUGCUGCUGGAAUCUGGAGCAGAUGCCAAUGCGUUGGAUAUGAAUGGUCAUCGCCCGUUUGAUAUUAUUGUUGUCCCUCCUAAACUCCCUAGCAAAAGAGUUUCAUUAGAAUACCUCCUUGCAAACAAUGAUCCUCACAGGUCCAUUAUUGGGCCUAAGCUGCGUGUAUCGGUUAGGAGUUCGGGUACUAGCUCCCCACCUCUGUCUUCAUCACCCGGGAACGACUCAUCGUCUUGUCCAUCAGAUUCAAUGUUAUCUCCAAAGAUCCUGAAGUUGUCAGAUCAUUCUAUUAACCAGCCACCCGAAAAGAAAGAAUACCCCAUUGACCCUUCUCUUCCUGACAUAAAGAACAGCAUCUAUGCAACUGAUGAAUUCCGUAUGUUCUCUUUCAAGGUCCGGCAUUGCUCUCGUGCAUACUCCCAUGAUUGGACUGAGUGCCCUUUUGUUCACCCAGGAGAAAAUGCACGACGAAGGGAUCCAAGGAGUUAUAAUUAUAGUUGUGUUCCUUGUCCUGAAUUUCGGAAGGGCACAUGUAGAAGGGGCGACUUGUGUGAAUAUGCUCAUGGGGUAUUUGAGUGCUGGCUUCAUCCUGCCCAAUACAGAACAAGGCUAUGCAAGGAUGGGACAAGCUGCAAUCGAAGGGUGUGUUUUUUUGCCCAUCUCCCUGAGGAGCUAAGGCCACUUUAUGUGUCGACAGGCUCAGCUGCACCUUCACCACGUGCAUCGGCCUCUGCUGCCACUGUCAUGGACAUGGCAGCUGCAAUGAAUCUCUUUCCGGGUUCCCCGUCAGCUAUCUCAGCUAUGUCACCAUCGCCAUUUUCUCCGCAGUGCAUGUCACCUCCCACCAACGCCUGCUCAAAUUCUCCUUUGCCCCCGCAACAAAAUUUUCCUACACUUCAUCUUCCUGGAAGCAACCUUCAAUCAAGUCGUUUGAGAUCUUCACUUAGUGCCAGAGACAUUCCACCUGAGGACUAUAAUAUGCUACUUGAUUUUGAUGCACAGCAACAUUUGUUGGAUGACCACAUGGCUAGUUUUUCACAGCAACGGGCUAAACCUUCUUCCAUGAUGCGUGGCGUUCGAACAAAAACAUUAGCUCCUUCUAACCUGGAGGAGGCAUUUUACUCUGAGAUUGCCUCGUCUCCUCGUUAUUCUGACCAAGCAGCAGCUGCUGUUUUCUCCCCAACCCACAAGUCUGUGCUACUCAAUCAGUUCCAACAUCAGCAGAGUUUUUUGGCACCUAUUAACACAUCAAAUAUUUACUCACCCAAGAGUGUUGAGCAUCCCUUGUUACAGGCUUCUUUCAAUGUUUCUUCUCCGGGAAGGAUGUCCCCACGAAGUGUUGAACCUAUCUCACCAAUGAGUGCUAGACUUUCUGCUUUGGCACUUCGCGAGCAGCAGCAGCAGCAGCUGCGUAGCUUUAGUUCUAGAGAAUUUGGAAUCAAACACACAUCUUCUUUGGUCGGAUCUCCAGUCAAUUCAUGGUCAAAUUGGGGAUCACCAAAUGGGAAGGUGGAUUGGUCCGUCAAUGGUGGGGGUGAUGAUAUGGGUCAAUUGAGGAGAUCGUCUUCAUUUGAGCUUGGGAACAAUGGAGAAGAACCAGACCUCUCUUGGGUCCAGUCUCUGGUAAAGGAAUCUCCCCCUGAGACGGAAGAAAAACAUGGUGCUCCUGUUUCUGGUGCUACUUCAUCUGGUGAGGGACUGGCUAAUAAAGCGUCAAAGGAUCCAACGGAUUAUUCUGUAGUAGGUGCAUGGCUUGAGCAUAUGCAGCUUGAUCAGAUUGUAACCCAGUAAGAUACUCUUCUAUCUUCUUUUUUGCUCUUGAUUGAGGUAGAAAGAACUAGUGUAGUAUAUUAUAAACCUUUAUUUGGAGGACUUUUUUCCCAUAUUUUAUUUUGGCAUAGUUGGGAUUCAUGAAGUAUUUUGGUUAUUAGUCAUUUAUUGUAAUAGCCAAGGGGGACAAAAGCACUUUUAGCUGGGUGUACAGCAAGUGAACCCGACUCAGGAAUGAUCUUCCCAAGCCCUUUGGAGUGUAGGACUAAUUUUCCUUAUAUAUUUUUGACGUAGAAAUUACCUUAAUUGAGUGGAAGAAUUGGAGAUUA